CUGACAAAUAUGUCAGUUUGCGAUGUCCAUUCUCAUUGUCCAUCCUCAUUUAGUUUCAGCUAUUUUCAAUAACAUGAAAAUGCCAUUUGCCAUAACAGCUAUUGGUUUUCAGUGAGUAGUUCAAUUAAAUUAGAUGCUGAUAUGUUUCAGCUAUAGCCCGUUGUGCGGAACCUCUCUACUAGGUAUAAGGUCUCUCUAUAAGGUAUUCUGUAUAAGGUCUCUCUAUAAGGUAUUCUGUAUAAGGUCUCUCUAUAAGGUAUUCUGUAUAAUGUCUCUCUAUAAAGUAUUCUGUAUAAUGUCUCUCUAUAAGGUAUUCUGUAUAAUGUCUCUCUAUAAAGUAUACUGUAAAAGGUCUCUCUAUAAGGUAUUCUGUAUAAUGUCUCUCUAUAAAGUAUACUGUAAAAGGUCUCUCUAUAAGGUAUUCUGUAUAAUGUCUCUCAAUAAGGUAUUCUGUAUAAUGUCUCUCUAUAAAGUAUACUGUAAAAGGUCUCUCUAUAAGGUAUUCUGUAUAAUGUCUCUCUAUAAGGUAUUCUGUAUAAUGUCUCUCUAUAAAGUAUACUGUAAAAGGUCUCUCUAUAAGGUAUUCUGUAUAAUGUCUCUCUAUAAAGUAUUAUGUAUAAUGUCUCUCUAUAAGGCAUUCUGUAUAAUGUCUCUCUAUAAAGUAUUCUGUAUAAUGUCUCUCUCUAAGGUAUUCUGUAUAAUGUCUCUCUAUAAGGUAUUCUGUAUAAGGAUUCUCUAUAAGGUAUUCUGUAUAACGUCUCUCUAUAAGGCAUUCUGUAUAAUGUCUCUCCAUAAAGUAUUCUGUAUAAUGUCUCUCUAUAAAGUAUUCUGUAUAAUGUCUCUCUAUAAAGUAUUCUGUAUAAUGUCUCUCUAUAAGGUAUUCUGUAUAAUGUCUCUCUAUAAAGUAUUCUGUAUAAGGUCUCUCUAUAAAGUAUUCUGUAUAAUGUCUCUCUAUAAAGUAUUCUGUAUUAUGUCUCUCUAUAAGGUAUUCUGUAUCAGGUAUCUCUAUAAGGUAUUCUGUAUAAAGUCUCUCUAUAAGGUAUUCUGUAUAAUGUCUCUCUAUAAGGUAUUCUUAUAAGGUCUCUCUAUAAGGUAUUCUGUAUAAGGUCUCUAUAUAAAGUAUUCUGUAUAAUGUCUCUCUAUAAGGUAUUCUGUAUAAUGUCUCUCUAUAAGGUAUUCUGUAUAAGGUCUCUCUAUAAGGUAUUCUGUAUAAUGUCUCUCUAUAAGGUAUUCUGUAUA